CAAUAUACAUAUCUUAUCGGUGGUGGUCCUGUCAUAAACCUAGACGUUAGUUGUGCACGUUAGUACAUAUUCUUUGAACCAAAAAUUGAUAUAAUGACUUUACAAGAAGACAAUACAAAUUUGAGGAAAAAAACUAUAAUUAAUGACUCCGUCUGGGGACCAGUAGAACUGUCUGAGACAUCAUGGAAGAUCAUAAACACACCUGAAUUUCAACGACUUAGGUUUAUCAAGCAGUUAGGGGGAUGUUAUUUUGUGUAUCCUGGUGCAUGCCAUAACAGAUUUGAACAUUCUAUAGGAACUGCACACUUAGCAAGAACUCUUGGUAUCGAGUUACAGAACAAUCAGCCAGAACUUGGCAUAAAUGAUGAAGACAUAAAAUGUUUAGAGGUUGCUGGACUUUGUCAUGAUCUAGGACACGGUGCCUUUUCCCACUUGUUUGAUCUGCUGUUUAUCAAAAAAGCAAGACCUGGAUAUGGAUCGGAGCAUGAAGACGCAUCUCUGAAAAUGCUAGACAGAAUUUUCAAAAUUUUCAAUUUAAAAGAAUUAAGCGAAAAUAGCAGAACUUUUAUCAAAGAACUUAUUAAGAAACCAGAAGGUCCAUAUAAAGGAAGAUCUAAAGAAAAGCACUUCCUCUACGAGGUAGUUGCAAAUGACGUGAACAAAAUAGAUGUUGACAAAUGGGAUUAUUUCUCACGUGAUUGUCACAUGCUCGGAUUACAUCAUAAUUUUCAAUGUCAGCGAAGCAUAAAGAUUGCCAGAGUUAUAGAACAUGAUGGAGAGAGGCAUAUUAGCUACCCAAAAUCGGAAUAUUUGAACAUAUUUGAUAUGUUUUCUACACGGUAUACCCUGCAUCGUCAGGCCUACCAGCACCCAGCUAAAGAGCUGAUUUCAGACGCCUUUUACAAAGCUGACAAUUAUCUUACAUUUCCACCAAACACGCCUAAGGAAAAGGGAGGAAAGACUUUAUCGGAGUCAGUCGAUGACAUGGAUGCGUACCUAUGGGUGACGGAUGACGUUUUUCAUACGAUAAGGACGCUACCGGAAGAUAGUGAAAAUAUCAAACAGGCUAAAAAAAUUCUAGAUAGAAUACUGAGUCGGGAUUUCUACAAAAUAAUUGGAGAGAAAAAGGUUCAAUUAAAGGAUGAAAUCCAAAAGGAUAAGAAUUUCAUACCAGAAGUAAAACUAUGGAUGGAAGGGAAAAUAAAAAAUAAUUUAGAUCCAACUGAAGAGGAGCUCGAGUUAUUUGAAAUCCAGGAUUUAACUUUUAACUACGGAAAUAAAGACAAAAAUCCAAUGGAUAAGGUGUACUUUUUCCACUGGACAAAGGGGGCUGUGAAAGUCAAAGAAAAUGAAGUUUCUUUGAUGAUGCCGUCAACUUUUGAACAGAUUUAUCUACAACUUGUCUGGAAAGGCUCAAGAGGUCAACAUCCCGAGCUAAAAAUGAAAAUCCUCAAAACUUUUGAGGGUAUAAAAGAAUAUCCAGAAGAGAAUCCCUUUAUUGAGCUGAUCGACACAAAAGAAUCUGGAUAAGACAUCAGAAAUCAGAUUAUUUCUACAAUAAACAAGCUCACACUUAAUGAAUUUAAGUCAUUGUCACUUACUUCUUUAUUGAUAUUCAUUUUAUAUAAUUUAAUAAUAUUAAUGUCCCCUAGUUUGUAUAACCUUGACAAGGUGACUGGGCACGUUUCUUUUUCCUCAGGAUAGACGGAAUAAAAUUACCUGUAUUAGAAUGAAUAAUGUUAUUUAUUUCGUAAAUAACUUAUGAUAUAGAAAACAAGGGAUUCAUACACUCAUCAUAUAGUAAUACUACAUGUGGUGCUGAACACUAUCAUGACCCCCUAUAUUACUACAUAUGAAAUAAAUACUUGUAUAUACACAAAACGACAGAUAGGGGCAUUUAAAUGACUUAAAAGAUUAUGCAACAUCACGUUCAUUGUGAGAAGAAAUGUAAUAUUUAUUAGAAUUUUUAAAAGUAUUCCUUGU